AUGUAUUGUGCUGCUGUUAAUUUGCAGGAAAUGGCAACUCUAGUUGAACCGCCAAACAGAAUUAAGCCAAAGGGAAAGCAUUAUUAUACAAUAUGGCAAACAUUGUUUGAGAUUGAUACGAAGUACGUUCCAAUCAAACCUAUUGGCCGAGGAGCAUAUGGCGUGGUGUGCUCUUCCAUCAACAGGGAGACCAAUGAGAAAGUUGCAAUUAAGAAGAUUGGAAAUAUAUUUGAGAAUUCUAUUGAUGCUUUGAGAACUUUAAGGGAGCUGAAGCUGCUUAGACAUAUUCGGCAUGAGAACGUCAUUGCUUUGAAAGAUGUUAUGAUGCCAAUCCAGAGAACAAGUUUUAAGGAUGUCUACUUGGUCUAUGAACUCAUGGAUACCGAUCUUCACCAAAUUAUUAAGUCCACGCAGCCACUUUCCAAUGAUCAUUGCAAAUAUUUCUUGUUUCAGCUCCUUCGAGGUCUUAAAUACCUUCAUUCAGCAAAUAUUCUUCACCGGGAUUUGAAGCCUGGGAAUCUGCUCAUCAAUGCCAAUUGUGAUUUGAAGAUAUGCGACUUUGGGCUUGCACGAACUAAUGGAAUUGAUGGUCAGUUUAUGACAGAAUAUGUUGUCACUCGUUGGUACCGUGCACCGGAGCUCUUGCUAUGCUGUGACAACUACGGCACCUCCAUUGAUGUCUGGUCAGUAGGGUGCAUUUUUGCUGAGAUUCUUGGUAGAAAGCCAAUCUUCCCUGGCACUGAGUGUCUCAACCAGCUGAAACUAAUUAUAAGUGUUCUUGGAAGCCAGCAUGAAUCUCAUCUUGAAUUUAUUGAUAAUGCAAAAGCCAGGAGGUUUAUCCAAUCACUGCCCUAUACUCGGGGUAGACACUUAUCUCAGUUAUAUCCACAAGCAGAUCCAUUAGCCAUAGAUUUGUUGCAAAAGAUGCUUGUAUUUGAUCCAACCAAGAGAAUUACUGUCUUAGAAGCUCUCCAACACCCAUAUAUGGCUGGCCUUUAUGAUCCACGGUGCAACCCUCUUGCUCAGGUUCCCAUCAAUCUUGACAUAGAUGAACAUUGGGGGGAACAGAUGAUUAGGGAAAUGAUGUGGAAUGAGAUGCUACAUUAUCACCCUGAAGCUGUUUCUGCCAACGCAUAG